GCGCCGCCGGGAGAGCGUAGCCAGCCAGCGUGGGGCCGGUUUGCAGACAGACCUCUGACCCUGGAGUCUCUGGGCCGCUGGGAGCCGUCCGCGUGGGUCGUCGCCCGGGCCGCCCGCCGUUCCCCGGCCCUGAGGGGCCCGGCCGGCCGCGGUGGGAGAAGAGGUCAGCAUGAGCCGGGGGGUCCGGCGGGCCGGCGCAGGGCAGGGGGCGGCGGUCGCCGUGCAGCUGCUGGUCACCCUGAGCUUCCUCCCGAGCGUCGUCGAGGUCCAGGUAACGGGAGUCCUGGAUGAUUGCUUGUGUGAUAUUAAUAGCAUUGAUAACUUCAACACUUUCAAAAUCUUUCCCAAAAUGAAAAAGUUGCAAGAGAGAGAUUAUUUUCGUUAUUAUAAGGUCAAUCUGAAGCGACCAUGUCCUUUCUGGGCAGAAGAUGGUCAUUGUUCAAUAAAAGACUGUCAUGUAGAGCCCUGUCCUGAGAGUAAAAUUCCAGUUGGAAUUAAAGCUGGAAGUUCUAAUAAGUAUUUGAAACUGUCAAACAAUACCAAAGAAUUUGAAGAUUGUGAGCAAGCUAAUAAACUGGGAGCAAUUAACAGCACAUUAAGUAAUCAAAGCAAAGAAGCUUUCAUUGACUGGGCAAGAUAUGAUGAUUCACAAGAUCACUUUUGUGAACUUGAUGAUGAGCGAUCUCCAACUGCUCAGUAUGUGGACCUGUUGCUGAACCCAGAGCGUUACACUGGCUACAAAGGGUCUUCUGCAUGGAGAGUGUGGAACAGCAUCUAUGAAGAAAACUGUUUCAAGCCUCGAUCUGUUUAUCGUCCUUUAAAUCCUUUGGCACCCAGCCGAGGAGAAGAUGAUGGAGAAUCAUUCUACACAUGGCUAGAAGGUUUAUGUCUGGAGAAAAGAGUCUUCUAUAAACUUAUAUCAGGACUUCAUGCUAGUAUCAAUUUACAUCUCUGUGCAAAUUAUCUUUUGGAAGAAACCUGGGGGAAACCUCGGUGGGGACCUAAUAUCAAAGAAUUUAAACGCCGCUUUGAUCCUGUGGAAACCAAGGGAGAAGGUCCAAGAAGACUGAAGAAUCUCUACUUUUUAUAUUUAAUUGAACUUCGAGCUUUAUCAAAGGUGGCUCCAUAUUUUGAGCGUUCGAUUGUCGAUCUUUAUACUGGAAAUAUAGAAGAUGAUGCUGACACAAAAACCCUUCUACUAAAUAUCUUUCAAGAUACAAAGUCCUUUCCCAUGCACUUUGAUGAGAAAUCCAUGUUUGCAGGUGACAAAAAGGGGGCCAAAUCAUUAAAGGAGGAAUUCCGGUUACAUUUCAAGAAUAUCUCUCGUAUAAUGGACUGUGUUGGAUGUGACAAAUGCAGGUUAUGGGGGAAAUUACAGACUCAGGGUUUAGGAACUGCCCUGAAGAUACUGUUUUCUGAAAAAGAAAUACAGAAACUUCCAGAACACAGCCCAUCUAAAGGCUUCCAACUCACUCGACAGGAAAUAGUUGCUCUUUUAAAUGCUUUUGGAAGGCUUUCUACAAGUAUAAGAGAAUUACAGAAUUUUAAAGUCUUAUUACAACAAAGUAGGUAAUAAAAGCUUUAGUAGGUCUAGGUAGAGACGUAACCUGACUAUGUGAAGCCUUUUAGUCUUGGACGUUCAAAGGAGACUAAUCUUCAAGGACUUCAAGAAUCCAGUCAAAAAGAAAAUUCAAAUGUUCACUUGAAUAUUUAUGGGUUUUAGUAGAUUAUAAAUUAGAGCUAUUUAUAAAUGAAGUAUAUACUUUUAAAACCUGUAAGUUAUAUUAAUUCUGUUUAUUUUCAUGUUUCCAUUUGUUGAAUAUUCUGCUGUUGUAUCUGUUUAGAAUCAGGCUGGAGCGAUAGCACAGCGGGUAGGGCGUUCGCCUUACAAGCGGCCAACAUGGCCGACCCGAGUUCGAUUCCUCCGCCCCUCUCGGAGAGCCCGGCAAGCUACCGAGAGUAUUCGAUUUGCCAGACACAGUAACAACAAAGUCUCCAAUGGAGACGUUACUGGGCCCGCUCGAGCAAAUCGACGAUCAACGGGAGGGCCUUUACCUUUUUACCUUUUUUGCUCUCAUUCUUUUAUCUGCUAUUUUCAGUGUCAAACUUAAAUGACUGUACCUCUUCAUCUUCUAACACUCUUUAUUGUCUGAUAGUAGAAAAGGAGGGCUAAGGCACAAAUGUUGCUUAAGGUGGUAUCAGUGAUAAAAAUUUAUCAGUUUAUUUUUAGCCUACUGUAAGUUCUGUGUGUGUCAUCUUUUGUAAUAUAAAACUAUCGGUAUGGUCAUUGGCCCUUUUAAUGUGUAGUUAGACAAGUUAUGUUAGAAUCCCCAGGACUUCAGUUUCAUUGAUUUUAUUUCAGGUUUUGAAUUGCUGCUGUUAUGUUAUUGUUACUUUGUUUUGACCUGUAGGACCUAGGACCUAAUUUGUUAAUGGUAAAUAAGUACUGUCCCCUCAGAAACCCAGCCAGAUUUCAUGUGUGGCUGUUGUGCUAUCGAGAUUAUUUACUUAGAACCUGUAUGUCAGAUUUUGAUCUUAUGCUUCUUUUUAUUUUAUAUAUUCUGUCCCUAUUUCAGUUCUAGAAAUUUCCAUUUAUGAAAGCAAAGAUUGCAUAAAUACUUGUUUCUAUCUUGAGAACAUUUGGAUAGUUCUUAUAUGGAUUUAUAAUGCCAGUUAAAAUCGUUAUAUACACAAAACUUACCAUUUUGAAGUGUUCUUAAAGAAUUUUAUGUUAGAAUACAAUCUAUGCAAUCCUCUCGAUUUGAUUUUCUUCUAUAAUUCAUGCUUCCUUAGAGAGUAUGUCUUCUUUAAGUUUACUGUUUCCUAACCUUUUCAUUCUAGUUCAUUGUAGAUAAGUAUUUUAUGUGACCUGUAUCAAGAGAUAACUCAUAAGUCCUAGACUGUUCUUUUCCAAAUCUGGAUUUACAUGUACUUGAUAUUUAAAGUAUUCUUAUAAAGAUGUUCAUAGAUACAGUGUGAUUAAUUUAGAAGAAUGUGUCUGUGUAUAAGUGAUGCGGGUACUAAAUAGUUUUUUCCUUAGACUCUUCAGUCUUUUAUAAAUAAGUGCUCUUAAACCCCUGUGUCAUCCCUGCCAAAGUUUGAAAUGUACUCAUUGAUGAUUUAGUGGUGUAUUUUAAGCUUCAUUUUGUUGGCUCACCCCUCUUUUUAAAAAAAUUAGUCACCCUAUGGAGUUUGUGACUGUAGAAGGUAAUAUCACUAUUUUCUUACCUUAUUUCUAAACUUUAUAGACCCAGGGACUUCUUGUUUUUACUAAUUGUUAGGUGUUUUUGUUUGGUUGAAUGGAAAAGGCUGGCUAAAGUUUAGCCUUCUCCACUUUUCAUUUUUAGAGAGGCUAGGAUUAUAUAUAAGGAAGGUAGACCCUUACUAGAAAACUGUCCAAUAAGGGAAUAAUCUUCCUAGUAAGUUAAUAUGAUUUAUUUUUGGUGUUAAAAGUUUAAGAAAAUGUGAACGUUUUGCACUUUGUUAUUAUUCUAAGUUUAAAAAUCUUAGACUUGUUCUCUGUUUUAAAGAUAAAGGCUUUUAGAUUAGAGAAAAUCCUUGGUCAUUUCUGUUGAUUGCUUUACUGUGAUUUAUUUAAAACAUAUAUAUUUACAUACACACACACACAUGUAUACACACACACAUAUGUGUGUGUGUUCUGGAAAAUUAAAAGGGUCUAGUGUGAGGUUCAGGAUUUAAAUUUUUCUACCAAGAAGUAAAUGAAGUAUUCUUAAGGUAAAAUUUGACUUAAUUUUAUCAUAAGUUGUGAAGGGUAGCCUACAUUUUCAUGUAUGUGUGUAUAUCUUAAAUGAGUGUAUAAACUGUAGGAAUGUUGUUUUUAAGCCUGGUGAUACUUUAUAAUCUUUGUGAUAUAAACUAUUUUUCCAGUUCACAUACUUUUGUUGUAAAAUGAUUUCAGAGGGUAAUGAUUACAUUGUGAAAAUGCUUGGCUGGUAAUAUGUUUUGGCAUUUUGUUUUUAUCUCAUCACCUAAUUUAAAAAUCCAGCACUUGAUAAUAUAACUGACAGAAAUGAUUGUACCAGCUGAUGAAAUAAUGAAAGUGAAGAAAAGGAAAAUAUUCUAUCAAGAGCAUCAUUUAUUUUUCCUUAAGUGGCAUCUAUGUAAUUUAGGAAUAUCCUAUAUCAAAAUUGGUAAAAUGUACAUGUUUCUUCUGUAUUGGUUCUUAGGUUAUGAGGAGGGUGAGAAAUUUCAAAAUUUCUGAAAUGCACCAAUCAAAUGUUUUUUGACAUCUUUAAGUUGUGAAUUACUCAAUACUUUGUAAUGAGUGUGACAAUUAUGUAUAUGAAAUACUGUGCCAUAUCUUCCAACUUUACCUAGGUGCCAUUGUAAAUAAGAACAGCUAUUUUGAUCUUCAUCAGCACUGCCUUCAGCUGGAAAUUUGGAAACAGUUCACAGUAAACCUCUCAGCAGUUUACAAACUGAAGUACCUGCAGAAACCAUAGCUAUUCACCAAAAUACACAGACCAAGCACAUCGUAAUCACCAAAAUACAUAGACUGAGUGCAGCAUCCUAUGGAGAUAAUUUGGUAAAACAAAAGAGACAUACACAAACAUUUGUGUACUCUAAACAUCUACAGGUGCAUCUGUGAUAUUGAACAGAAUCCAAAUAAUAUGCUGUUGUACCCACCAGAUUUGAGAAUUGAAUUAAAGUUAAUGUUUCUGCAA